GGGCUCCAGACCAGGCGGACGUGGCCACAGCUCCCCCACCUUGCGCCUGGGGUGGGCUGGCCCCUGACACGUCAGCUCAGGUGCCCCGCUCAGCCCGGCUCCCAGCGGAGCCCCUGGGCCGAUGGCCGGUCUGAACGUGUCCCUCUCCUUCUUCGUGGCCACCGUCGCCCUCUGCCAGGCGGCCCGGCGGGCGUCCAAGGCCCUGCUGCCCGCGGGCGUCUACGCCAGCUUUGCCCGGGAGGCGGCUGGCGCGGCCCAGCUGGGGGCCUGCUGCCUGGAGUUGCGGGUGCUGGCGGAGCUGGGCCCCUGGGCCGGGGGCUUCGGGCCCGACCUGCUGCUGACCCUGCUGUUCCUGCUCUUCCUGGCACACGGCGCCACCUUCGACGGGGCGUCGGCCAACCCGGCGGUGGCCCUGCAGGAGCUGCUCCUGGCCGAGGCCGCGCUGCCCAGCACGCUGCUGAAGCUGGCGGCCCAGGCGCUGGGCGUGCAGGCGGCCCGCGUCCUGACCCGGCGGUACUGGGCCUGGGAGCUCAGCGACCUGCACGUCCUGCAGAACCUCAUGGACGCGCACUGCAGCUCGGCCCUGCGCACGACCGUGCCCCUCGGCGCGCUGGCGGAGGGCGCCUGCGCCUUCUUCUUCCACCUGAGCCUCCUCCGCCUGCGCAACAGCCCGCCCCUCUGCAGGGUGCCGGCCGUGGCCCUGCUGGUCACCGUCAUGGCCUACACAGAAGGUCCACACCCCGGCUGGGGGGCAGGGGGCAGUGCCGAUUCCUCAGGGCCCGGCCCCGGCUGUGUCUGCGAGGGCCCGCGAGCUCAGUCGCCCCCUCCGAGGCCACCAGCGGGGCCCCUCACGUCCGCCUUCUUCAACCCCGCCCUGGCUGCCUCGGUCACCUUCCACUGCGAGGGGCACACCUUGCUGGAGUAUGCCCAGGUGUACUGGCUGGGCCCUCUGACAGGGAUGGCGCUGGCAGUCCUGCUCCACCGCGGCCACCUUCCCCGCCUUCUCCAGAGGAACCUGCUGUGCCGGCAGAGGAACAAGUAUCGGACCCCCAGAGGGAAGCCCGCCACGGGGCCCGAAGACGCCCGGACGCCCGCCGAGGCGGGCAGAGGCCGGGAGCCUGGGCGGCGGGGGCUGGGGAGGCCGGCGCUGGGCUCCGGCUGAGUGGACGGGCUCCGAGUCUGCUCCACCGAGGGCCAGGCCGCCGGCUGGACCCGGGGGCCUCCUGGGCAGAGGGGCACCCCCGCCCCGACUUCCUCCCCGGAGACCGCCGGUCAAUAAACCGUCCUCACAGCUGCCCGACGGGGCAGCUCAGGGUGGA